AUGACAACCGCGACCGAGAUACAAGUUGAAAAGCUCCAGCUGAGAGACCCGUCGUCUGUCAUCACCCGAUUUGAGCCCUUUGAGUUACCAUCCUCCAACCAACGUACACUGGGACCACCUCAUCCUAAGAAUACUGUUAUCCCGCUUGCGUUACAUCCUGAGCAAGGUGCCAAGCCAAGUCUUGACGAAGUAGUGGAUACAAUAAAGUCGCUUCAAGCAGAUGAGGGCAUAUUUACCGAGAAGCUCGCGCGACAUGGCACUCUCUUGUUCCGCAAUCUGCCAAUUCACAACGCAGAGGACUUCAGCAAAUUCGCACAUGCCUUCGGAUACAAGCCCCAUGAAAUCAUCGGGAUCGUAGUCGAUAGACCACUUCUCGCGCCGAACGUGGCACCAGCCAACGAAGCUCCAAAGGAGGUGUUGAUCUAUAAUCACAACGAAUCACCUCAGGUACCACAUGCGCCCGAAUAUAUAUUCUUUUAUGGCCAUCGCGCUCCAAACAAAGGUGGUGAAUCGCCCAUAUCCUCUUCCUUGGAGCUAUUCCACCGGGCUCAGCAAGAAAUCCCAGAGUUCAUCGACGAGCUAGCAGAGAAGGGGAUUCUCAGCAGAGUCACCUACCAGGUAGAAAGGCAAUACCAAGGCGGAUCAACUCUUCGCCAAGCGUUUGGAAAAGAAAUUCGAGAUGGGGACCAUGAGGAGACUAAACGAAAGAAGAUUGAGGCUCAGAUUGCGCGCUAUGGCAGAGGGAAACAUACCACGUGGGAAUGGACUGAUGAUGGACUCGUUCUCACGCACCGAUUACCUGUGAUUCGUACCCAGCAGAACACAAACCUGCCAACGCUGUUUAGUGGAUUGGCAGCAUACUGGAAAAGAGCGCAGAGUGAUAUUGAGGCACGCAGGAAGGUAACGCAGCAGCUCUUUGGCGAUGGGACGCCUAUCCCUGACAAAUACCUUGCGCAUCUGGCGAAGAUUACGGAUGAGAUUCGGGUGUUGCAUCGUUGGCAGGAAGGCGAUGUCUUAGUAUAUGAUAAUACCAUUGCACAGCAUGGUCGAGAGCCAUGGGAGGGCGAACAGUCCGAUCGAGUCGUUAUGGCGAGUUUGUUUGAUGGGGAAAAUGUGCCAGGAGCUUAUGGCUUUGGCGAUUGGGCGCAAGUUGUGCAAGCAUUGGAUUGA